UGGCGUCGUUAUCAGGUGUGCGUCUUCCACCAUUAAAACAGUUGUUUUGAUAAGAUUUUAAAAACUGAGUGACGACAAUUAACAUCUGGUACUCUACCUGUGAAUUAUGGACCUCUUACGCAGCCUCCUUGGUUGGAGGGUGUGGCUGAUUGCCAUCUGGUUUUGUUCUUUGAUCUCCACAGGUUCUUCACUAUCAUGUUUUAUCUGCAACUCCACACUGGAUCCCAAUUGCCAGGAAAACUUUAACCCUAACAGUGUUAUGGCAAAAGAAAAAUACAAAGAAUGCUUCAUGUGGGAUGCACAGUACUGCAUCAAAAUAACCGGACUCUGGGGAGGUAUCGUCGGUGCUCAUAGAUUCUGCAGUUCGAAGGACCUUGGCGACCAGUGUCAGGACAUCUGGUUUCCGGACCACGACCGCAUGUACCGAGCCUGUGUCUACACAUGUUCCGGAGAUGGCUGCAACGGUGCUUCUCUCUUGUCAGUGUCGGCUUCAGCUGUGAUGUCCACAUUUGUAGUUGUUACAGCAGUUGUCAGGACAUUACUAUAGGCUUGAUUUGACGGGGAUGGAUUAAUCUCAUAAAUAUACAUGAUUUUAUUUUGUUAGUAAAAUGCAGAAAUGGCCUUAUACGAAGAAUUCCAGUCAAAUAUUCUGAUAUCCACAUUUGCAAUAUGGUUAUAAUCAGGAUUAUAUCUUUUAAAUACACAGGCAUGUGUGCACAGAAUUUUCUGCUCCAUUGUUUAAAAUGCUUUGUACUUCUCAGUCAAAUGUUCUGAUAUUUACAUAUGAAGUUGUGGCCAUUGUUAUUAAAUUCUCAUGAAUACAUGAUUCCAUUUCAUCAUUAAAAUACAAAAAUGGCUUUAUAAGAAAAUAAAUCCAGUCAAUUCUUGUGUUUUGUUAAGAAAUGUGAUAAGAGGAGUAGUUUAAUGUUGAUUGAGAAAGGUUUGUCUUCCUGUUCUAGGUGACUGCAUACAUUUUAUUUGUUUUAAAUAUAAUAUUAUAGUUAGUAGAGCUAAGAUCAGGAAUAAUGAUAACCUAUGUUCAGUAUCUUAUACUUCUAAGAGAAGCAAUCAUUAGGGUUUUUCAGUAUCAAAUAUACAUGUAUAAACAACAGUUCAAACAAUUCUGAAAUGUUUAUGUAUUCCAUAAAAGACAUUUCAUGAUAUAUAAAUCUGAUUGUUAUUGAUGUACAAAACUAGGUUAUGCAUGUAUACCUAAACCUGGAUUUAAAAGAGCAGGUGAUAUUUAACCCAACAUUUAUAUUCAUAACUGUGCCUCUUCAGUUCAUUUGAAAUAUCUUUGGUGUGUGUGUGGGUGGGGGGGGGGGGGGGGAAGAGAAGUACAGGAUGCCCACAACUGAAUGAAAAAUUCUAGCCAUUUGAUUGGCUUUUGUGAGGUUUGGGCGUGGUGGGACAUGGGUGUUAAAAGUCAGGUUAAGUAGUCAUGAAAAGAGAAAACAAAGUUUGUUUAACAGGUUAGAAUUUUUAACACUUUUAGAUUUGUAUUAGUCAAAUCUCUCUAUAGUUAAAUAACAUCCAGUUGUUGUCUUGUUAUACAUUAUUACAAAUCUCCAUUGUGAUUAUAACUGAAGGGUCCACAGGAAUAACCUAUGAUGUCUAAACAGAUAGUAUUAUAACAGUCAUGUAUGUCAAGGUCACAAUGACACACUAAAUUAAACACUUAUAAGCAGUGCCGUAGCGUGUGGGCUAGGCGUCACAAUACUUACCUUACCCCGGGCACUGGCAACCCACGCUACGUCACUGGCCUAAAAGUAUAGUAGAUCAUUAAAAGUAGUUGGUAGAUUAUGCUUUCUUAGGCCUAAAUAUUCCACAAUUGCAUAGUUGUAAAUGUAAAAAUUAAAAAAAUAUUUUAAAAUGUGACAUCACAGGUUAUUCCCGUGGACCCUUCCAUUAAAUGUCAAAACAAAAACUCAACACUUACAAGUAGUGAAGUACAUCAUGUAUACUGCUGAUCAUGGAAGUAGUGAAACAACUGUAAGAACAACAAUGAAACUUAGAAAUAUUUCUCUUUUGGAGUAUUCAUAUGUAUGUAUAUUUUCAUUAUCAUGGAUUUUAAUAAUUACAUCAUCAUUGCAUCCAAUGAAUACAUGAUUAUUUCAGUUAAAACAUAGCAAUACUUUAACAUGUGAUUCUAGUGUUGAUUAUCGGCUGUAUAUAUUUGUAAAUAUCCACACACUAUGUAUAUUUUUACAUAAUUGUUUAUACAUUUAUAAUUAUUUUAAAUAUAUAUGUCUCUGUCAUAUUCAUGGCUGUACAUUGUAAUAUUUUAGUUUUAUAUGCUUUCAGAAUUUGAGUAGAAUUGCUAGCUUAUUACAAUAGCAGGGCUUCUAGAAUACGGUAGCCCAAUGCUCAUGGCUAGUGUUUUUUUCAGUCAGGUUUCACCAUGCCUGACGGCUAGUGGAUUUAUUAACCAAAACAGAAAAUAGUGGCUACAUAUUAACUAAUGUCUUGAAUAUGUCUGGUAUAAUUUGUGUUAUGAAUAUUAGGCUAGGGUGGGUUUAUCAUUAACAUUAUUCUAUCAUUUUGGCUCAUGUUUGAAGAAUUAAUGAAUGUUUAAUGAUACCCCAGCAUGAAAAAUACAUUGACUGUAUAAGAGGCAGUGUGUCACCAAUAAAACUAAAUUUGUGACAACUAGGAAAACUCAGUAGGGUUAUCCCCUAAGUUUAGAGCACUGGUAGUAAAAGGAAUAUUUAUCCUGCAACCACUGGUUCUAUUGACAUAUUAUAAUAACGGAUAAAGCAAAGUCAUACAUGUGUAGUAGCAGGAUAUGACUUUUAACAUCACAUUCAUAGCUACAUUACAAAAUCAUGCAAUGUGGCUGAAAUAUUAUAACAUAAAUAAUAGCUUUUCCCCUUACUUUUUAUGGAUUGCAUGAUAAAGAUAAUAACUAGUUAAUGAUAUCGGAUAUCGGCUUUAUCCUGUUCAGAUAAAGCUGAUAUUCAAAAUCAUCAACUAAUUAUUCUGUCUAUAAAAAGAUAAUUGCAUUGGCUCAUCCAACAUUGAACAUUUAUAACAACUCAGUUUGUACAGUGUAUUUGCAAUUGUCUAACUUUCUAUUACUGAAGUCUACCUAAGGUCCACUUUUCAUCAAUUUGAUUUUGCAGUCUAACUAAUAGAUAUAGUACAUUUACUCUACCUCUUUGAUAUGCCUGAUUCUGCAUGCAUCCACUCAACAUGCUGAAGAAAGUCAACUAGUAGCAACUUUUUCUACACAGUGACUUCAUAACUUGAAGUGUUUACUAGCAGUAGAAGCCUAAAAGUACAAGGUCAAAUUUUUAUCACAAAAAUGUAUGUAUUUAACCCAAAUGCCAUUAUCAUGUAUACAUUAUAUAAUUAUAUUAGUGGAUUUGUGGCCUUUUUCUAUCUGACCAAAAAAAAUUCUGAUUUUGUAGCAUUAAUCUUGAAUAGCAUUGUAUGGCUAGUUGUAUCAUUGAUGGUUGUAACAAAAACUGUUAUAUAAUAAAAUGCUGACACAGUAAUCAAACUAAUAUGCAAAUGUUAUGUCUACAUACAAUGAUAAUUAUGACUGUAUAUACUAUAGAUAAUUUGAUAUAGUACUAAUUUUUUGUUAUUAAACACAGAAUGACAUAAUGGCUUAUCUUUGCAUCAAUUUUCACUGUAAAGGAAAUAUGUACAUAUUUUGUACUUUUAUAAUCUUAAGAAAAGACAUAAUUAAGAAGAAAAACAUUUACAUAAAACUGAUAAAAUAGGGGUUUUUUAAUAUUUAAAAAAAAAAUCAUAUUCUGUAACUCGUAAAGUAUUUAAUGCCUACAAUGGUCAAAUUCACAGAACUGGUAUUUUUGUGAUUUGUCAACAGACAUUUUGACCUUGCUACAUUUUUGGUGUAUUUGAAAGUUCACUAAUAAUUUCAUUUCAAUCCAACUUGGGCUCUAUGCUUGGUAUAUAAACAGUCAUGGUAUGUGGUGUUCUGUGUGUAUAAAAAGAUUCCAUACUGCUAAUCAUCAACAGUAGCCCAUGCGGUGACAGUUGUAAUACAAUUUACCAUACUAUUCUAAAUAGAAUAAAAAUUUAUUAAAAAUGUUUUAAAUCAUUGGAUAAAUUUUUAUUGUAUCUCUAUUUUAUGUAAUAAAAUUUUAUACUAAA